GGGGCGCAUCCCGGGGCGGCUGACUCGGGGCUGGGAGAGGGGUCGUCGGAGGGACGGCGGGCGGGGGUUCCGGCCCGGCUGCAGGGCUGUCCGCGGGCACCCAGUGGCACCAGGGCCACCACCACCUGGGCCUGACAGCCGAGCCUCCUCCCCACGGCCCUGCACUCCCCAAAGCCCAGAGCUCAGUGGCUGUGGCAGCAUGGAUCAGCCGGGCCCGCCGGCUCCCGCCCGGGAAGAGAAUGAAGUCAAGUAUGACACUAAUAACAACGAGGAGGAGGGGGAACAGCUCGAUCUGGACAGCGGAGACGAAGCUCCAGAGGCCGAUAGGCAGGCUCCAGGCUCCGCCGAGGCAGGGGACGCGGGGGCAGAUGCUCCUGCCACCGCCGCCACCGCCCCCGCCGCCGUGGGACCCUGUGUAUCCUCCAGCCACCACCCAGGGACCAGCCAGCCUACCUGCGGGUUGGACCGUCCGGGGGAAGGAUGUGAAAAAGGACCAGGAGCGGAACCACUGAAACCCGGGGUCCUGUCGAGAGUCAACCCCUAUUCUGUCAUCGACAUCACGCCCCUCCAGGAAGACCAGCCGCCACCCCCAGACCCGGACGCCGAGGGGGAGGGUGGGGGCCUGCACGUGCCCAGCGGGUACUCGGUGCCAGUGCCCUGCGGCUAUGCUGUGCCCUCCAGCCUGCCGCUGCUGCUGCCAGCCUACACCAGCCCCGUGCUGCCCGCCCCGCCCGCCGACCCCGCAGAGACACAGGAGGCGGCGGAAGACAGCCAGCUGAAUUCCUUGAGUUCUGAGGAUCCAGCAAACAGUGAGGAUCCAGACCAGAAGGAGGACAGCGCCCUGGCCCGCUGGGUCGCGGAUCCGGCCAACACAGCCUGGAUGGAGAAUCCGGAGGAAGCCAUUUACGACGAUGUGCCAAGAGAAACUUCAGACUCUGAGCCAGAUGAAAUGAUUUAUGAUGACGUGGAGAACGGAGAUGAAGGCGGCCACAGCUCUCUGGAGUACGGGUGGAGCUCCAGCGAGUUCGAGAGCUACGAGGAACAGAGCGACUCGGAGAGCAGGAGCGGGGUCCCCCGCUCCUUCCUGCGCGGCGACCACAGGAAGCAGCUCUCCCAUGACCUAACCCGCUUAAAGGAGCACUAUGAGAGAAAGAUGAGAGAGUUGAUGGCAAACACGGUGGGCGCGGUAGAGAUUCAGCAGCUAAAGCACAAACAUGAACUGAAGAUGCAGAAACUGGUGAGGGCUGCGAGAGAGGGCACCAAGGACGGGCUGGAGAGGACAAAGGCUGCCGUGAAGCGGGGACGCUCCUUCAUCAGGACCAAAUCCUUCGUCUCUUCAGACCACAGAUCCUGUCUUGAAGAGGAGCAGAACGUGUUCAUCGAUGUGGACUGCAGGCACCCCGAGGCCAUCCUCACCCCGAUGCCGGAAGGCUUGUCUCAGCAGCAGGUCGUAAGAAGGUACAUUCUGGGCUCGAUCGUUGAAAGCGAGAAAAACUAUGUGGAUGCUCUUAAGAGGAUAUUGGAGCAAUAUGAGAAGCCGCUGUGGGAGAUGGAGCCCAAGGUGCUGAGCGAGAGGAAGCUGAGGACCGUCUUCUUCCGGGUCAAGGAGGUGCUGCAGUGCCACUGCCUGCUCCAGAUCGCGCUGGCCGGCCGCGUGGCUGAGUGGGACUCGGUGGAGAUGAUCGGAGACGUCUUCGUGGCCUCGUUUUCCAAAUCCAUGGUGCUGGAUGCUUAUAGUGAAUAUGUGAAUAAUUUCAGCACAGCUGUGGCAAUCCUUAAGAAAACGUGUGCUACAAAACCUGCUUUCCUUGAAUUUUUAAAGCAGUGUCAGGAGUCCAGCCCUGACCGUGUCACACUGCACAGCCUGAUGACGAAGCCCAUCCAGAGGUUCCCGCAGUUCAUCCUGCUGCUCCAGGACAUGCUGAAGAACACGCCCCGGGGACACCCUGACCGGCUGCCCCUCCAGAUGGCGCUGACGGAGCUCGAGACGCUAGCAGAGAAGCUGAACGAGAGGAAGAGAGACGCCGACCAGCGCUGUGAAAUCAAGCAGAUAGCAAAAGCCAUCAACGAGCGGUACCUGAACAAGCUCCUAAGCAGCGGCAGUCGCUACCUCAUCCGCUCUGACGACGUGAUAGAGACCGUCUACAACGACCGGGGGGAGAUCGUGAAAACCAAAGAGCGCCGGCUCUUCAUGCUGAACGACGUGCUCAUGUGCGCCACGGUCAGCGCCCGCGCUUCCCACGACAGCAGUGCGGCGACGUCAGGCCAGAGGUACCUGCUGAAGUGGAGCGUCCCGCUCGGGCAGGUGGAGGUGGUCGAGUACGGCGGCGGCGAGGGCACGGCAGAGGGCGGCCGCUGUCCCGGGGCCCUGCGCCCGAGAACCUGCUGGCAGCCGGUGCCAAGUCCCGUGAACCGAGUCUACGUGGGGCCGGGGCAGCUGUAUCAAGACCUCCAAAACUUGCUGCAUGACCUCAGUGUCAUUGGCCACAUCACUCAGCUGGUCGGAAACCUCAAAGGAAACUAUCAGAACCUGAACCCGUCGGUGGCCCAGGACUGGACGUCCGGCUUACAGAGGCUGAUUCUGAAGAAGGAAGAGGAGAUCCGAGCGGCUGACUGCUGCCGGGUGCAGCUGCAGCUCCCGGGGAAGCAGGACAAGUCCGGCCGGCCGACUUUCUUCACCGCCGUGUUCAACACCUUCACUCCCGCCAUCAAGGAGUCCUGGAUCAACAGCCUGCAGAUGGCCAAGCUCGCCCUGGAGGAGGAGAACCACCUGGGCUGGUUUUGCGUGGAGGACGACGGGAACCAGAUCAGGAAGGAGAGACACCCGCUCCUUCUGGGACACAUGCCUGUGACAGUGGCCAAGCAGCAGGAGUUCAAGAUUGAAUGUGCUGUUUAUAAUCCUGAGCCAUACCUGAAUAAUGAGAAUCAGUCAGACUCGUUUUCUGUGGCUCACGGUUUCCUGUGGAUCGGGAGCUGCACCAGUCAGAUGGGGCAGAUCGCCAUCGUCUCCUUCCACAACUCCAGCCCCAAGGUCAUCGAGUGCUUCAACGUGGAGUCCCGCGUGCUGUGCAUGGUGUACGUGCCCGCCGAGGACAGGCCCCGCGAGCCCGAGGGCGGGGGCCGGGUGCUGGGCGUGCCCGCUGUCUGCCUGGGGACGGAGGAGGGCAGCAUCUCCAUCUACAAGAGCAGCCAAGGCUGCAAGAAGGUGCGGCUGCAGCACUUCUUCACCCCAGAGAAGUCCACGGUCAUGAGCCUGGCCUGCACAGCCCAGAGCCUGUACGUCGGCCUGGUCAACGGCACCGUGGCCAUCUACGCCAGAGCGAACGAUGGAUCCUGGAAUUCCGAGCCUCAAACAGUGAUUAAGUUAGGCGUCCUCCCAGUUCGAAGUCUGCUCUUGAUGGAAGACACGCUCUGGGCGGCGUCUGGAGGUCAAGUUUCCAUCAUUGGUGUGGAGACUCUCGCCGUGGAGGGCCAGCUGGAGGCCCACCAGGAGGAGGGCAUGGUGGUCUCACACAUGGCCAUCGCCGGCGUGGGCAUCUGGGUCGCCUUCACCUCGGGGUCCACGCUCCGCCUGUUCCACACGGAGACACUCAAGCACCUGCAGGACGUCAACAUUGCCACCCCCGUCCACCACAUGCUGCCAGGGCACCAGCGGCUGUCUGUGACCAGCCUGCUCGUCUGCCACGGCCUGCUGAUGGUGGGCACCAGCCUGGGUGUCGUGGUGGCCCUGCCUGUCCCACGUCUGCAGGGAAUCCCCAAGGUGACCGGACGGGGCCUGGUCUCCCACCAUGCGCACCACGGGCCUGUCAAGUUCCUGGUCAUGGCUGCAGCCGCCCUCAAGGCCGACAAGGACAGGCCCAGGGACAGCCCGCCACCUGGCGCUGACCCCCAGGACGAUGAGCAGCGGGAUGCUCCCCCUGGCGAGGGGCCAGGGCUCUGCACGGGCCGGGGCGGCCCCGACGCUGUCUGGCUGGGCACUUCGCCGGGCUCCGUCACCCAGGGCAGCGACGUCUCCUCCUCGUCCGGGUCCCCGACCCCUUCCCAGGGCUCCGGCUCCCUGGAGCCCCGGCCAGAGGAGAGCCUCGCCCAGGACCUCCUGCGCCUGCCCUGCACGUCCCCCAGCCGAGGACGGCGGGCCCGGAGGCCCAGGGCCAGCUCCGUGCUGGUGGCCUGCGGGGGCCAGGGCCACCGGCGCGUGAGCAGGAAGGCCAGGCCACAGCGGCCGGAGGAGCUGGCCUCGUCCCUCAUGGUCUGGCAGAUCCCCCUGCUGCACGUGUGAGCCAGGGGCCCGUCGGGGCCUUCCCGCUGAGGCCAAUGCCCCGCGUGGGCUCACUGCUGCCGCGCUGCUUGGGGACGGAUCCCCGACCGUCUCUGGGGCCGAAAUGUGCAAUACCGUCCUGGGGGCAUCUCCAGGCAGCCCCCAGCUGCUCCUCGCACAGCAGAGCCUGGGGUGAACGCUCGUGGAGCUGAGGGUGCUCCGCGUCUGCCCCGUUGCCUGCAGACUCGGAGCUCACAGGAAGUUUCGCAGAUGCGGCAGUGGAGGGGUAUUAACAGUCUCAGAGCAGUUUUACUUGAUUCAGAUUCACUACUUUUAUUUAUGUUGUAUAUCCUUUAACGCCAAAAUAGACUUUGUAACAAUGAAGAAAGCUGGUUAAAAUCUACCAGUCCACGUGGUGUUAUUUGCUUUCUGAGUUGAGCUGGGUUUUCCAAAGUGCUAUAAUACGUGUAUUGUAUAUUUUUAACAAAGUAGUAUUUUUAUAUCGCAAUUUUCUAUUAAAAAAAUUAACAAAGUUUUAGUCAAUAUAUUAUGUGUAACAUUUCACAAAUAAUGUUUCCUUUGAACCAAAAUGCUCAAUUCCUAUCAAUAUUUAGAGUCAAGGGUCGACACCAAAAUACCCACGUCAGAGAUGCUUGUGUCCUUGUGUCACCGGAGAUGGGCAGACUGCGUUUCGGUCCAUCCUUUCCUGCUGUGUUGCACCUGUCGACCAGGAGCACUGUCUGGCUUUGAACGCGUCCUGGAGGAUGCAUGGUGCUGGUCAGGGGGGGGAGGCCUUGCUGGCGGUGGACACAGGACACAGGCGGGGUGGCCCUCGGUCAGCACAGUCCUGGCACACAGGUCGCCUGCCUCGGUCACCGUGAGCGAGUGACCUGGGUUCCCUGUGCUCCACGUGUAUCUGUCUGUCGAUGUUUUACUCACUGGAUGGUUAAAAAAAAAAAACAAAACACUGCAGGCACUCACCCGAGACAGAUGUCUCAGCACUUUACAGGUGACUAAAAAUGCUAAUUUUGUGACCUAGCCAAAUAUUUUCCAAGGUGCAUAUGUCCCCCUAUGUGAGGUAAUAUCUCCCCAGGUUUCCUUAAACUGCUAGCUGCUAUUUUAUUUCAUAAAUAAAGUCUUUUUAUUUAAAAAUACAACA